UCUGUCCCGUGGGCGGGGUCACCGGGCGGCGCGCCGCCGCGCAGGCGCACGAGGGCGGGACCACGGCGGCGGCGACAUGGGGGGGCGCGGAGGAGAAGCCGGAAGUGGUGGUGGUACGGGUCCGACCGAGGGGCGCUCCCCACCGGCCGCGUCCACCCGAGCUGCGGCCAGAGCCCGGGCCCGAGGGGGUGGGCGUGGCGGCCGGCCGCUCUCGACCCCGGCCGUUCCCUCGUCGCGCGGGGCGGCGCCACGGCGCUCCCUUCCACCGGCUGCCAUGAGCGAGCGCCUGCGCCCCAGGAAAAGGAGAAGGAAUGGCAAUGAAGAGGACCUCCACCUUCCCCCGCAGACCAAGAGGAGCAGCCGAAACGCCGUCUUCCAGGAGUCCUGGGACACGGAGUCUUCCAGCAGCGACAGUGGUGGGAGCAGCAGCAGCAGCAACAUCAACAGCCCGGACAGAGGCAGCGGGCCGGAGAGCAGCUUAAGUCAGACCACGGCCGGAUCCAGCCCCAACACCCCGCAGCCCAUGCCCGAGCAGUCUGCUCUGUGCCAAGGCCCUUACUUUCACAUCAACCAGACCCUGAAGGAGGCCCACUUCCACAGCCUACAGCUCCGGGGGCGGCCUCCGACCUGACGUGCCGCAGCGGCUUGCCUUCUGUGAAGGGACAGUGCUGUGCGAAUUUUUCAACCUUUGAUCUGUUUUUAAAAAAAUUGCGUGUGCGCGCACACACACACACACACACACACACAAAAUGCCUGUUGGCCUUUCAGUCUAUAUUUGAAAUACCAGGUCAACAGGUAGUUGUUUACUUGUGGUUUUGCUGCACUAUUGCAACUUCAAAGGGGCUUUGAAGCAGUUUUUAUAGGAGUCUUGAGGGAGUUACCGGCUCCAUGUCCAGGUGGUGGUAUGAGGAACCCUCAUCUGUGUGUUCAAUCCAUAGUAUGUCCAGUUCAGACUGACUUCCAGAUCUGUCCAGUAAGUCUACUUUAUGUAAAAGAGCCUUUUAAAAAUGUGGGAUAUUCAAUUUUUUU